CCGGCGGAGGCCUCCAGCCUUCCCGGCGUGCGCCGCGCCCGCCAUAGAGCGGAGGGCCGGCCCCGCCGCUGGGCGCUCGCGGCGUGUGCGGGAGGCGGUGCGGCCGCGGCGAGAUGGCGGCCGUGGGGCAGGCGGCCGAGGCGGAGAAGCACUUCAACGGCGAGCUGCCGCCGGAGCCCGACGACAAGGAGGGCGCGGAGGGCGGCGCGGCGGGGCUCGGCGCGGAGGAUGGCGCCAGGAAGAAGCGCAAGAAGAAGAAGAAGGGCAGAGCGGGGCCCGCGGGACAAGAAACGGAUAAAGAAGUGGAAGGUGCCCUCGAUGAUGUAGCAAAACAAUUGGAUAAGCAAACACUGGAGGACAAAGACAAAGAUGAUGAUGAUGAAGAUGGAGAGGGUGAAGGAGAUGGAGCAACAGGGAAAAAGAAGAAGAAGAAGAAAAAGAAGAAAGGACCUAAGGUCCAGACGGAUCCACCUUCUAUUCCAAUAUGUGAGCUAUUUCCCAGCAACAUAUACCCAAAGGGAGAAGAAUGUGAAUAUCCACCAACGCAAGAUGGGCGAACUGCAGCUUGGAGAAUAACCAGUGAAGAAAAGAAAGCGCUAGACCAAGCCAGUGAGGAAAUCUGGAAUGAUUUUCGGGAGGCUGCAGAGGCACACAGACAAGUGAGGAAAUACGUUAUGAGCUGGAUAAAACCUGGAAUGACGAUGAUAGAAAUCUGUGAAAAACUUGAAGACUGCUCACGUAAGCUGAUAAAGGAAAAUGGCUUAAAUGCAGGCCUUGCAUUUCCUACUGGGUGCUCUCUGAACAAUUGUGCUGCCCACUACACUCCCAACGCUGGAGAUCCAACAGUGCUGCAGUACGAUGAUAUUUGCAAAAUAGAUUUUGGGACACACAUUAGUGGUCGUAUUAUUGACUGUGCUUUUACAGUCACAUUCAAUCCAAAAUAUGACAGACUAUUACAAGCUGUAAAGGAUGCCACUAAUACUGGAAUAAAGUGUGCGGGAAUAGACGUACGUCUCUGUGAUGUGGGGGAGGCCAUACAAGAAGUUAUGGAGUCCUACGAAGUUGAAAUUGAUGGCAAAACAUACCAAGUGAAACCAAUUCGUAAUUUGAACGGGCACUCAAUUGGGCCAUACAGGAUACAUGCUGGAAAAACCGUGCCCAUUGUGAAAGGAGGAGAAGCCACAAGAAUGGAGGAAGGUGAAGUAUAUGCUAUAGAAACCUUUGGUAGCACAGGAAAAGGUGUUGUUCAUGAUGACAUGGAGUGUUCUCAUUAUAUGAAGAACUUUGAUGUUGGGCACGUGCCGAUAAGGCUUCCAAGAGCGAAACACUUGCUAAAUGUUAUCAAUGAAAACUUUGGUACUCUUGCCUUCUGCCGCAGAUGGCUAGAUCGCCUGGGAGAGAGUAAAUACCUAAUGGCACUGAAGAACCUGUGCGACUUGGGUAUAGUGGAUCCAUAUCCUCCCCUAUGCGACAUCAAAGGCUCGUACACAGCACAGUUUGAGCACACUAUACUGUUGCGCCCAACAUGCAAAGAGGUUGUCAGCCGAGGAGAUGACUACUAAACUCAAAGCCACCUCAGCACCUUUAUACACUAGGCUUUGUUGGAACAUAUUAUACCAGAAUUAAUUUGCAACAUAUUGUCUGUUUUAACAGUGGACUGAUGUAAUACUUUCCAUAUUUGGAAAGGAAGUAAUUUAAUUAAAGGCAAGUCUUCUAAUGUAACUAACCAAGGAAAAAGCUUUCAGGCCUUUAGAAAUAUUUCAAAAGUUACUUAUUUUUUCUGUUCAGGGAAAUAUGUGCUAUAAAGCUCAAUUUUUAGUUUGGAAUGAGUUAUACAUUUUGUUUUGAACAUUUAUGAUAAAAGAUGCUUUUCAAAUAUUUAUAUUACCAUAUUCCUACUUGAAUGCUUUGAAUGACUACACCUGAUUUCUGCGCCUAAGUCCUCUAUGAUAUUGCCUUUUAAACUUCCUGGAAUCCAUUUUGUAAAAAAAAACAAAAAUAAAGACAAAUUUUCAGAUC